AUGGGAGACUGUGAACUUAACCCCAAGUCUGUCGUUACAAGUACAGAGUGCAAGAGGUGGAGUGAAAAGCUAAAUAUGUGGAAAAGAUGUGUGGGAAACUUAGGUCCCAUGGGGUUUCAGUCUGACUACUUGUUUUGCAGGGCUCAAGAUGUGUCUCACUAUAUUGAAACAAGAAAACCAGAGUGUGGAAGUCACUUUCAUUCUCUUGGGCUUCUCAGAAUAUCCAGGACUCCAGGAGUCUCUGUUCCUGUUAUUCUUAACCAUCUACACAGUCACUGUGCUGGGGAAUCUGGGCAUGAUUGUGAUUAUCAAGAUCAAUCCCAAACUUCAUUCCUCCAUGUAUUUUUUCUCAGCCACUUAUCCUUUGCUGACUUGUUUUACUCUACCAUAGUUACACCCAAACUAGUAGAAAACUUGGUUGUGGAAGACAGAACCAUCUCCUUCACAGGAUGUAUCAUGCAAUUCUUAUUUGCAUGCAUAUUUGUAGUGACAGAAACAUUCAUGUUGGCAGGGAUGGCAUAUGACUAGUUUGUGGCAGUUUGUAACCCUCUUCUCUGCACAGUUGUAAUGUCCCAGAAGCUUUGUUCCUUCUUGGUGGGUACAUCAUAUUCUUGGGGUAUAGCCUGUUCUUCACAUACUUUUUUGUUGACUUUAUCCUUUUGUGAUAAUAACUUCAUAAAUAACUUUCGCUGUGAGCAGAACGUUAUUGUAGCUGUUUCCUGCUCUGAUCCACACAUUAACCAGAAGACCAUGUUAGUCUCUGGCACAUUCGAUAAAAUAAAUAGCCUGAUGAUCAUUCUUACUUCCUAUGCUUUCAUUUUUAUCAGUGACAUAAAGAUGCCUUCAACUGAGGGGAGCCGCAAAACCUUCUCCACAUGUGCCUCCCACCUGACAGACAUUACCAUUUUCCACGGGAGCCUCCUUUUUCUCUACUGUGUUCCUAACUCCAAAAGUUCAUGGCUCAUGGUCAAGGUAGCCUCUGUCUUUUACACAGUGGUCAUCCCCAUGCUGAACCCGCUGAUCUACAGCCUCAGGAACAAAGAUGUGAAAGAUACAGCCCACAAGUUAGUCAAUACUAAAUUGUUCUGUGAUAAAAUGUAA